UCGAACGCUCGGCACGACACUCAGUUUUCAAAAGCCGACGUGUGAACACGCGCCUCAACCUUCUCGGGAGCUAACAGGCCUCAACGUUCGUCGUUCGUUCGUGAAUCAAGUCGUUUUACCAAAACACCCCCAAGAGCAACAUGUCGAAGAUCGGAAUUAACGGAUUUGGCCGUAUUGGUCGUCUGGUGCUGCGCGCCUCCAUUGCCAAGGGUGCCCAGGUGGUGGCGAUCAACGAUCCCUUCAUCGGUGUUGACUACAUGGUGUACCUGUUCAAGUACGAUUCGACGCACGGUCGCUUCAAGGGUGAAGUGUCCGCCCAGGACGGUUUUCUGGUCGUGAACGGUCAGAAGAUUGCCGUCUUCCAGGAGCGUGACCCGAAGGCCAUCCCGUGGGGUAAGGCCGGUGCCGAGUACGUCGUUGAGUCGACCGGUGUGUUCACCACGACCGACAAGGCUUCGGCCCAUCUGGAGGGUGGUGCCAAGAAGGUCAUCAUCUCGGCCCCGUCCGCCGACGCGCCGAUGUUCGUCGUGGGCGUCAACCUGGAUGCGUACGAACCAUCGAUGAAGGUUGUGUCGAACGCGUCCUGCACGACCAACUGCCUGGCCCCGCUGGCUAAAGUCAUCAACGAUAACUUCGGCAUCCUGGAGGGUCUGAUGACGACCGUGCAUGCCACCACUGCCACCCAGAAGACCGUGGACGGCCCGUCCGGUAAGCUGUGGCGUGAUGGCCGUGGUGCCGCCCAGAACAUCAUUCCGGCCGCUACUGGCGCCGCCAAGGCUGUCGGUAAGGUCAUCCCGGCCCUGAACGGCAAGCUGACCGGUAUGGCAUUCCGUGUGCCGACCCCGAACGUAUCCGUCGUUGAUCUGACGGUGCGCCUGUCCAAGCCGGCCACGUACGAUCAGAUUAAGCAGAAGGUGAAGGAAGCCGCCAACGGACCGAUGAAGGGCAUCCUGGACUACACCGAUGAGGAGGUCGUAUCGACGGACUUUGUCGGUGACUGCCACUCGUCCAUCUUUGAUGCCAAGGCUGGCAUCCAGCUGAGCGACACGUUCGUCAAGCUGAUCUCCUGGUACGACAACGAGUACGGCUACUCGAACCGCGUCGUCGAUCUGAUCAAGUACAUGCAGACCAAGGAUUAAAUUCCUCAUAUAACGGUGCUGUAGUGUGGAGCGGAGACAGCGAAGACAACCGCUGCGUGCUGUAAUACAUAACGCUUGCGAGGAUUGAGAGAAGGAUGUGGGUGCAUAUCGAAAGGAAGCGGUUCGGUUACGAAACGAGACGAAAGCAGCAACUUUUCUACUGAAUUUCGAUUUUCACAAACUCUCGUGUGCUCAGACUCGUCAAGGUAUCCUUUUGCCAUCGUUCUUAGAUAGCGGUAAGGAUCACCCCGAGUUGGGUUUGGCAAAUUAUGAGAGAAUGGAAUUUCGAACCUUGUUUCCGGAAUGCUGCUCCGUUUCGUUUGUAUAUCGUACGUUUCCUGGCGAUAAUUAUUAGUCAAACAUCAACGUACAGCGCUCACACCACUAUCUCCGUAUGCCAGGAGCCAUUUCAUUCUAAUCCACACUGAUCUCUCCACCCUGGUUCUCCUUUCACUGGUUGGAAGUGAAACUGUAUGGGGAAGCGCCAGCUAUCGGUGCAGGAUGGCUUGACUAUUGGCACAAAGCAGACAAAACGAAAAAAAAACUAUCUCCGCUAGCGUAACUUAUUAUAGUCGUAGGUUGUGUAAACGUCAUAAUAAUGUAAA